ACUAAUGUAGUCGACGAGUGCAAGGAGUAGUGGGAGUGAAAUGCUUUGCGAAUGUUGUAAUGUGUUUUAACGUUGUUAUAUCAGAGUAGCAGACUAAUCAUAGUUUAUAUAAGAUUUUGUGAUAUAAGUGGUACAUAAAACUGUCUGCAAUGAUCUGUAGGACAUCGUAUAAAUUUAGGGUAUCCUAACCUCCCAUGUCACAUGCCUUCAGGUUUAAUUGUCUUGAAAUGGCUUUGAAUACAUGGAGCAGAUGGAAACAAGUCAUCCCAUAUCUCCGAGUAACAUCAAGAAAUAUAAGUGGAGAAUAUGAAACGAGUAUUUCGUCUGAAAGUAACUAUGACGUUAUUGUCGUUGGAGGAGGGCACGCCGGCUCCGAAGCUUCGGCGGCUGCUGCACGAAUGGGUUGUCGAACGUUGCUCAUAACUCAUAAAAAGGAAACAGUCGGGGAAAUGUCAUGUAACCCAUCAUUUGGUGGUAUUGGGAAAGGACAUUUGAUGAAGGAAAUAGAUGCAUUGGAUGGAAUCUGUGGCUGCAUGUGUGACCUGUCUGGUAUCCAGUACAAGGUACUUAAUAAAAGAAAAGGGCCAGCUGUUUGGGGACCAAGGGCACAAAUAGACAGAGAACUGUACAAAUAUCAUAUACAGAAAGAGUUGUUUCACAAUACACCAAACCUUGAAGUGAUGGUGUCUUCAGUAGAAGAUUUAAUUAUGGAGGAUGUAAACAGUUUGGAAUGUGGAAAUGCUCAGAAAUGUUGUACUGGAGUGAUGCUAAGCAAUGGCACUGAAGUAAGAAGCAAGUCUGUGAUACUAACAACAGGAACAUUCUUGAAAGGACAGAUAAAUAUAGGUUUAGAAGUGAGACCAGCUGGAAGAAUUGGCGAUGCUCCAGCUAUUGGACUGGCGAAAACUUUGGAGAGGCUUGGAUUUCGUAUAGGACGCCUCAAGACAGGAACACCACCUCGUCUUGAUGGAAGGACCAUUGAUUUCUCUGUCUGUGUGAAGCAACCUGGUGACAAUCCACCAAUGCCAUUUUCUUUUAUGAAUGAAUCAGUGUGGAUAAAGCCCGAAGAUCAACUGUUCUGUUACUUGACCUUCACAAAUGAGAAGGUAAACAAAAUAAUCCUUGAGAAUCUUCAUGUCAAUCGGCAUGUAAGAGAAGAAGUCACUGGUCCCCGUUACUGCCCAUCAAUUGAAUCAAAGGUAUUAAGGUUUGGAGGCAAGAACCAUCAGAUCUGGCUUGAACCAGAAGGUCUUUCAAGCCAUGUUGUGUAUCCCAAUGGACUAUCAUGCACUCUUCCUGAAGAACUGCAAGCUGUUCUGGUUUGCCAGAUAAAAGGUCUAGAGAAGGUUAAACUGUUAAGGCCAGGUUAUGGUGUUGAAUAUGAUUUUGUAGACCCACGAGAAUUGUAUGCCACACUAGAAACUCAAAGAAUUAGUGGCCUGUUCUUUGCAGGACAAAUAAAUGGAACUACCGGUUAUGAAGAAGCUGCUGCUCAAGGAAUAGUUGCUGGCAUCAAUGCUGCACUGAAGGUACAAAAGAAACCACAGUUUACUGUGAGCAGAACAGAAGGAUAUAUUGGUGUUUUGAUAGAUGAUCUGACAACUUUGGGGACAAAUGAACCUUACAGAAUGUUUACAAGCAGAGCUGAAUUCAGGCUGUCUCUCAGACCAGAUAAUGCAGACUUAAGACUUACUGAGAAAGGUUAUGAGGCGGGUUGUGUGUCACACCAGAGAUAUCAAAAGAUGUGCAAGACCAGAGAAAAAAUCAAGGCAGCAACUGAUCUUCUAAGAUCAAUAGUGAAACCAUCACACUUCUGGAGAGAGAUAUUGAAGCUACCACCAGCAAAAUCCUCAGCACUAAAAAGUGCUUUUGACGUGAUGGCAAUUCAUGGUGAUAUAAAAACUGCAGAAACCAUAUGUGAAUCAAUGCCUGAUGUACUAGGACAUUUACUAAAUGAUAGAGCGCUGUUGAUGCGUCUUGUGAUAGAAGCUUUGUACGAAAUGGCUAUUUGUGAGCAGAUGGAGGAAGUGGAAGAAAUACGCAGAGAUGAAGCCUUGAUCAUACCAACCAGUAUCAACUAUGCAGCGAAAUCUUUGUGCUUAUCAUCUGAAGAGAUUGAGAAAUUGACACUAGUACAACCAUCAACUAUCGCCGCUGCUAGUCGCAUACCAGGAGUAACACCUUCCACAGUCGUUCGCUUGCUGAAUUAUGUGAAACAGCAAAAUAGUGUGAACUGUCAUGUCUAAUCUGUUGUGAUUGAUAAACAAAUAAAAGCUGUUUGUAGUGCUGUGAA